GACAUUUUGGGAGCGUUUACCAUGGAACUUACACAGAUUCAUCCCAGAGAGAGAUUCGGUGUGCUGUUAAAUCCCUAAACCGAAUUAAUGAUUUGGAGGAAGUAGAAGAAUUCCUGAAGGAAGGGAUUCUGAUGAAGAGCUUCCAUCACCUCCAUGUCCUUUCUCUCAUUGGGAUCACCUUGCCUAAGGAAGGUCUUCCCUUGGUGGUUCUCCCUUUCAUGAAGCAUGGAGAUCUCCGACAUUUUAUCCGUUCGGAGGAGAGGAACCCCACUGUGAAGGAUUUAAUAGGUUUUGGGCUACAAGUGGCUCAGGGGAUGGAGUAUCUGGCCCAGAAGAAGUUUGUGCACAGAGAUCUUGCGGCCAGAAACUGCAUGCUUGAUGAGACCUAUACAGUGAAAGUGGCAGACUUUGGGCUGGCCAGAGAUAUCUUUGACAAGGAAUAUUACAGCAUCCGGCAACACCGCAGGGCAAAGCUGCCUGUCAAAUGGAUGGCCCUUGAGAGCUUGAAAACUCAAAAAUUCACCACCAAGUCAGAUGUAUGGUCCUUUGGGGUCCUCAUGUGGGAACUAAUGACACGAGGGGCCUCUCCAUAUCCUGAGGUGGAUCCCUAUGAUAUUACCUGCUACCUGUUGCAAGGAAGAAGGUUGCCCCAGCCUGAAUACUGCCCGGAUUAUCUGUAUACCAUAAUGCUUAACUGCUGGACACCAAAUCCUGAGGAGCGGCCAACUUUUUCCAGCCUGAUCAAAGAAGUGGAGCAUAUUGUAGCCUGUCUAAAGGGAGACCAUUACAUUAACCUCAACGUCACUUACGUCAACCUUGAUCAUGGCCAUCCCUUUCCCCCUAUAAUCAGUCAGGAAGAAGCAUUUGAUUCUAGUGGACUGAGUGAGGAAGAGGAUGCCUCUGAGUGUUAAGUGAUACCUCACACAGGUCCAGAGGCACGUUGCUGGGUAUAAGCAGGACACUUUGACUGUCAGGCUUUGGAACUUCUGGAUAAGUUUUUGCACAUCCUGUGAGUUCAUAAAAGCUGUAAUCCAAGGACUUCUGUGACCUGAAUCCUGUGCUCAGAAAAGGUGGAAAUAAAUUCAAAAGGUAGGGCAGGUUCCCUACAGCUUUAGGAAAGAGUUGCUUUCAGAAUACUUGGUGGUUUGAGUGUGGGAAUAUGUUUUUACUGUGAAGUAAUUUAAUGUGGCAGCCUGUGGCUGCAUCUGUAUAUAGAGAAAAAUAAAUUUACUGUU